AGGGAGGAGGGGGGAGAGAGCAGCCAGGCAACAGCCUCCCUUUCCCCCCCGAGAGCGCGCGAGAGAAGAGGCUCUUCUGACGUCAGGGAGAGGCACGCGGACCAUCGGCUCCCUCUGCUCCGGGUCCCCCCCGUCUGCCCUCCGCCGGAGCUGAGGAACUGCCUCCCCGGAAAGGCAGCAGAAGCCGCGGGGGAAGAGCGCAGCAUGCGGGCCGCCCCCGCUGCUCCCCAUGGAGCUGGCUCUGGUCACCCUGGAGAACGGAGGCGCCAGGGCCCUUAAAGGAGGCGAGGAUGGCUCCCCUGGCGGAGAGCGGGCUGCCCGGCUCAGCAGGGGAGACCUCCUCCUGCUCCAGGUGCCCCCCGCGGCGGCGGCGCCUUGGCUGAGCGAGGGCUGCUCUUCCAAGGAGGGCUGCCCGCAGGCCAAGCAACUCAAGCAGCCCCAAGCGCCCUCCGCCGGGAGCUCCAGGGGCCGCCUCCCGCGCAAAGAAGAGCUGUCGCCGGGGCUGCCACCGCCGCCGCCGCCGCCGGCUGCCCGUCCCGGGGAUUGGGAGGGGAGGAUGCUGGCGGCGGAGGAAGGCGGGCACCGCUUGGGGAUGGCCAUGGCCGAGGAGGAGGAGGAGGCCUGGCCGGGCAGAGCCCCUUCGCCCCCCUCCUCCUCCCUCUGCUCGGAGGCUGGGGUCGGGGAGGGCGCCCUGUACAGCCAGCAGCGGGUCCUCAUCAACAUCUCGGGCCUCCGCUUCGAGACCCAGCUGGGCACCCUCAGCCAGUUCCCAGACACCCUGCUGGGCGACCCCGAGAAGCGCAUGCGGUACUUCGACCCCCUGCGCAACGAGUACUUCUUCGACCGCAACAGGCCCAGCUUUGACGGCAUCCUCUACUUCUAUCAGUCCGGGGGCAAGCUCCGGCGCCCGGUCAAUGUCUCCAUUGACGUCUUCGCGGAUGAAAUCCGUUUCUAUCAGCUGGGCGAGGAGGCCAUGGAGAGGUUUCGAGAGGAUGAAGGCUUCAUCAAGGAGGAGGAGAAGCCGCUGCCUGUCAAUGAGUUCCAGCGUCAGGUCUGGCUUAUCUUCGAAUACCCGGAAAGCUCCAGUUCCGCCCGAGGCAUCGCCAUCGUCUCCGUGCUGGUCAUCCUCAUUUCCAUCAUUACCUUCUGCCUGGAAACUUUGCCCGAGUUCCGAGAUGAGCGGGAGCUGCAGGUGCCCCUCCUCCUCCUCCCCCUGAACGGCACUCCUCCCCCCGGCCUCCCCCGGCAGCAGCCUCCCAGCACUCUGAGUGACCCCUUCUUCAUCAUCGAGACCACCUGUGUCAUUUGGUUCACCUUUGAAUUGCUGGUGCGAUUCUUUGCCUGCCCCAGCAAGCCUGAGUUCUCCAGGAACAUCAUGAACAUCAUUGACAUUGUCGCCAUUAUCCCUUAUUUCAUCACCCUGGGUACCGAACUGGCUCAGGAGCAACAGGAGAAGGAGCAACCAGGAAGCACCAGCAAUGGAGGCCAACAGCAAGCCAUGUCUUUGGCGAUCCUGAGAGUUAUCCGCCUGGUCAGGGUUUUCAGGAUCUUCAAGCUUUCUAGACAUUCCAAAGGGCUACAAAUUUUAGGACAGACUUUGAAAGCUAGCAUGAGGGAACUAGGUCUGCUCAUUUUCUUCCUUUUCAUUGGAGUGAUUCUCUUCUCCAGUGCUGUGUAUUUUGCUGAGGCUGAUGACCCUGAAUCACAUUUCUCUAGCAUCCCCGAUGCCUUCUGGUGGGCUGUGGUCACCAUGACAACAGUGGGUUAUGGCGAUAUGAGGCCUGUCACUGUAGGGGGCAAGAUUGUGGGCUCCUUGUGCGCCAUUGCUGGCGUUCUCACCAUUGCCCUUCCUGUCCCAGUUAUUGUGUCCAACUUCAACUAUUUUUACCACCGAGAAACUGACCAUGAGGAGCAAGCCAUCCUCACGGAUGAGUCCAGUGGUGCUCCAGGCAACUCAGCUAUGGACCUAAAGAGACAAGGCAGUAGAAACUCAUUGGACAAAUCUGUUGUGCACUUGGAGAAUGCUGAGGGGAUCAACAAUGUGACGAGAUCUAAAGAGAAGACCAGUAUCAAAGCUAAAAGCAGUGUAGAUCUCAGAAGAUCUCUCUAUGCACUCUGCCUGGAUACUAACAGGGAAACAGACUUGUAAAACAAAUGAAAGAAAAAUAGAGUAAUCUUGGUGAAGUUGUUUGGCAUAUUUAUUUUUAAAUAUCUCCCGGAAAUACGAAUUUGUGUUGUUGCUGGGUUUUUCUCUUUGUUUGUUUUAAAUGUUCUUUCUUUUACAUGACUAUAAGAGUGUGGCCUAUUUAUUAAACCAGCGAAGAGUAAGCUGAACACCUCCCAUGAUCUAGGAGGCUUUUAAAGCCAUUAACAAAACCGUUGUUGCUUGCAGAUAAUUUAUUAUAGAAAAAAAGUGGUUUCUAAGCAUCCGAUUUGUAUGACAAUCCUCUUAUCCAAACCCUCUUUCUUGUGGAAAGAAAACAAAAUCUUUGUUCGUACUGUACUUUGAAGUUGAAAUACUUCUGUUUUGAAUAUGUGUGAUUAUAUUUAUAAAUGAAAAAGAGCACUUUUCAGAUAUAGGAAUUUAUGAAACCUCCAGGAACAUUUCACUAAAGCAUUCCCCAUGUUUAAGUGCAAAAAGUGGUUUUCUCUUGUAUGAAGUGAAUGUGGUAUGUUCAACCUUCUAGCAGAAAAACAUUGUGUUUACACAGUUGGUUUUUAUCAUCUUGGUAAAAUCCAUCUUUUUUUCUCAAUAAAUAUAUUUAAUACUAUUUCAUAUUUCUAGUAAUCCAAUGAUGUGUUCUUUAUCCCAGAAAAUCUUUUUGGAAGGUUUAUAUUGUCAGUAUUUUAUAAGUGGCAGUUUUCAAGUAUUUCUUUUUUAAAGUAAAUAAUUGUUAAUGAUUGUGUUAGAUUCACAUGCACAAUAGUUCAAAGGUACUAAAAGGAAUCAAAACAUGCAAACAAGCAUGUUCCGGAACUCUGAACCCAGGUUGCAUAAUCCCAUUUACAAACUUGAGUAGCUGGCUCACUGUUUUUAACAAUAAUACUUCAUCAAUGGAUACCUUUGAAGGAAUCUAAUGAAGAAGGCUACUGAAAUAAUACCAAUUAAAUAGAGUUCUUUUGGCUCACAUUCUAGACUAAAUAGUGGAGCAGAGAAACUGACUUUUGGCCUUACUUAGAAAUAAGUUGAUGGACCUUUGCUCUACAGAUAUUGCUGAAGGAUAAUGGCAGAACAACCUUCAUCAAAUUUAGUACUCUUAGGCCUGUUCCAGACUGCCAAAAUAAAGCUGCUUCAGG